AACUAGAAGAAGCAACAGGAACAGCAGGGUCGAGCGGGUCAGAAGGCGCACGCCUGUUACCGAACCACGCGGCAGAACUCCAGUUUCGAGCGACAUUCGUCCAGUGUUCCUCUCAGUGUUCGGCAACGUUUAGUUUUCGCGCUUCCAAUUUUCCGCGAACUUCACCUAAAACGAAUUCUGUUAAUCUAUUUAAAAAAAAAUUUACCGAAAUGGUGGGAUUCCAUGCGUCAGUGGACAAGGCAACGGCUGCAAAUAUUAAAUAAACACUGUCGCGAACCCGGUGCCAAUACGAUGAAUCCCAACGGUUUGGCGCUUUUCUGCACGUUCCUCGGCGUCACUCUGACAUCAGGUCAAAUGACGGACCCAGAACCGGAGUUCCUGGCGCCCCUAGAGAACCACACGGUGACACAAGGGAGAGAUAUUUACUUCACUUGUGUUGUCAAUCACCUGUCAUCGUACAAGGUAGCUUGGAUCAAGUCAGAUACAAAGGCGAUUUUAGCAAUUCAUACUCACAUGGUGGCACAAAAUUCCCGGCUCUCGGUGACUCAUAACGGUCAUAAUACGUGGAAGCUGCACGUUUCGAACGUGCAAAAGAACGAUUCGGGUACGUAUAUGUGCCAGAUUAACACGGACCCGAUGAGGAGCCAGAUGGGUAACCUGGAGGUGUUCAUUCCUCCGGACAUUUUGAACGACAACGAAUCGUCCGAAGGAGGCGGAGUAGCGGUCGAAGGAGGAACCGUCAGACUGAGAUGUCACGCAGUUGGCGUCCCGGAUCCGACGGUGUCUUGGCGUCGAGAAGAUAGCCGGAACAUCGUGUUAAGACAAGAAGGGGGUCGGGAUAAAAAAGUACUACGGUCCUUCGAGGGUGACACACUCGUAUUGACCAACGUGCAAAGGACCGACAUGGGUUCUUAUCUCUGCAUAGCCAGCAAUGGGGUUCCACCCACAGUCAGCAAGCGCUUUACAGUUCGUGUUCACUUCCAUCCUUUGAUCAGAGUAUCGAACCAGCUUGUCGGAGCUCCGGUAGCUAGCGAUGUCCUGGUCCAGUGUUACGUCGAAGCUUCUCCCAGAGCCAUGAACCAUUGGAUGAGGGACAACGGUGAAAAAUUGAUUUCAAACGAGAAAUACGUAAUGGAAGAAACAGUCCUAAACGAAUACUCAUUCCUGAUGAAUCUGACAAUUCGAAGUCUGGAAAUGCGAGAUUUCGGUGGUUACGUGUGCACUUCUUCGAAUGCAUUGGGGAAAGCUGAAGGUACAAUAAGGCUACAAGAGCUACGUUUGCCGGUGAAAACUUCUACAACUACGAUUUUACCUAAAGUAAUCGACCCGAAGAUAAGGAAACCUCUCCAUAAGGAUAAACCAAAGAAGUACAAACCCCCGCGCAAAGGAAGAAAGGAAUCUUACGAUGACAAAGAUGAAGAUGAUGAUCAAGAAAUGACAACGCCAUCUGUUUAUGAAGUAAAAACAUAUCAACCACUAACAACGUCGCAGAUUGUUACUAGAAAACCGUGGAUUAUUCAUAAUAACGAUGGAAAUCAAUUAGAAAUUGGUUACCAUCUAUUGGUGAUGGCGAUUAUGCAUCACAUUUUUUGUUAGAGACGCAGAUCUCUCGACCAAAUAUGCUUAAAUCAAAAAAUAAAUAAAAAAAGAAAAUGACAAAAAAAUAAAAAAAGUGUAUGUCAAAAUUUGAAUUGUCUUCCUUAAAUAGUAUGCAAAGAGGCGUUUAACGAACUAUAAUUAAGAACUGAAUUUUGCAUAUCACCGUUGUCGUGUCUUCCCCAAAACGAAAUCGACUGUUAAUCGAACCAAUAAUUUAAUCAUUUAAUUGAAUACCAAAAAAAUAAACAGACAAUAAGCUCAGUUUUGCGCUCAACGUUUGCGUCGAGUUUUAAAAACACGGACAAUACGUCUUCCUUAAAAUUUAUUUUAACAUCGGCCCAAAUCAUGCAGGGUUUUCCACGAUUCAUGUUUGAAAUGAAAUUCAAAAGUUUUUAAACAAAAUUAAUCAUCGUGAAACACCCUGUAAUUAAGUUGCAUAUAAAGGAUGCUUAACGAUAUUUAAAAUUUGAUUAAAAUGUUAUAAUGAAUGUAUCGUUGAGCCACCCUGUAUAUGUAUUUUAAUCCAAACGAUUAAUUAAGUUGGCAAUAACAAUAUUAAGUAUGAUCUAAUUUGUUGUCAACCUGGAUUUUAAAAUUUGUUGCUUUUUUUUUUAAAUUUUUGUAAAUAAUAGGCAAUGAUAUGCAUUAUGUAUAUAUGUUUGUUGUUAACAAAUAAAUAAACGAAGAAAAUGUAAAUAUAUUAAAAAAAGUAUAUGAACGUCAGCGUUUCUUUCUCUGUUGGUUAUAAAUAAUAUUAUAGUUUCUACGAACUUUGAAAUGUGUAUUUUUGAACCUUUUUAUAUACAUGCUCCAUCUACGUAAUGGAUAAGCGGUCGUAUUAAAUGAUACGAUCGCAAUAACCAUCAAGUAGCCAUAUCGUGACACAACGGAUGUAAUGGAUAGUACAAUUAUAUUUGAUUUAACAAGAACAAUAUUUGAGUUAGAUGGAGUAUUUACACAUACAGGGUGGAAUUAAAAAAACUUUCUUUUUCGAAAUAUUUUUUGUAAGAGAGGUGAACCGACAAUAUUAGGAGAUACACCCUGAAGAUACACAAUCAAAUAUUUAUAGCUAUAGCUUAGCAAGUGUAGCAUAUUGAACUGUUUAAAAAAAUAAUAAAAAUACAUAUAAAAAAAUAAAAAUACGUAUAAAAGAUACAUGUAAAACAAAUAAUAAAAUACAUGUAAAAAAAUAUCUGUUAUUACUAUAUACAAGUAAUAGUUGGUGUAAUAAUGUGAUCGUAUUGCGUUAUUAAAUUUUAUUUUGUGCAUCAAAAUUUCUUUUCAAACCCUCAACAACAUUAUUAAAUUACUGAAUCGACUUGUAUUACUGACAAUAAUAAAAUCAAUAAAUCAUUUUUAUCGGUGAGA